AUGGAGGUCACCCGACCUGGAUUAGAAUCUCAGCCCUGGGGGAACCCCUCUCCUCCAACAGCAUAUCUCAGCCUUUUACCCCCUAGAAGUUUCUACAAGCACGUCAGUGAGCUGAAUGCCGGCCACUGCCCCGCUGUGCCCGGCCUGAGGAGGAAGCCGAAGUGGGAGGAGGAGGAGGAAGAGGAGGAGCUGGAGGAAGAUCUGGGGGACGAGGAGGACGAGGACUUCGAGGACGAGGAGGGGCUCGGGCCCCCAGGCCCCUCGGCCCUGUUCCCUCGGAGGGCGCAGCCAGCCCAGGCCUUGCACGGUGAAGGCGGGCCCCGGGCGCUGGGCAGCCAGGAGCGGGCCGGGGCCGGGCCAGCCCACCCCGGAGGGGCGGCUCACACGGUUCCCCAGCUGCAGCCGCCGGACCACGGGGACUGGACGUACGAGGAGCAGUUCAAGCAGCUCUACGAACUGGACGGGGACCCCAAGAGGAAGGAGUUCCUGGACGACUUGUUCAGCUUCAUGCAGAAGCGAGGGACCCCCGUGAACCGGAUCCCCAUCAUGGCCAAGCAGGUGUUGGACCUCUUCAUGCUGUACGUGCUGGUGACGGAGAAGGGUGGGCUGGUGGAAGUCAUCAACAAGAAGCUGUGGCGUGAGAUAACCAAGGGCCUCAACCUGCCCACGUCCAUCACCAGCGCAGCCUUCACCCUGCGGACACAGUACAUGAAGUACCUGUACCCCUACGAGUGCGAGAAGCGCGGCCUCAGCAACCCCAACGAGCUCCAGGCAGCCAUCGACAGCAACCGGCGCGAGGGCCGGCGCCAGAGCUUCGGGGGCUCCCUGUUCGCCUACUCGCCGGGCGGGGCCCACGGCGUGCUGCCCUCGCCCAAGCUGCCCCUGCCCUCUCUGGGACUGACCGCCAGCACCAACGGGAGCUCCAUCACUCCAGCCCCCAAGAUCAAGAAAGAGGAGGAUUCUGCCAUCCCUAUCACGGUCCCCAGCCACCUGCCAGUCUCCCUGGCAGGCCACCCUGUGGUGGCCGCCCAGGCGGCCGCUGUGCAGGCGGCCGCAGCCCAGGCAGCCGUGGCAGCACAAGCAGCCGCCCUGGAGCAGCUUCGGGAGAAGCUGGAGUCCGGAGAGCCCCCCGAGAAGAAGAUGGCCGUGGUGGCAGACGAGCAGCAGCGGCUGCUGCAGCGGGCGCUGCAGCAGAACUUCCUGGCCAUGACGGCCCAGCUGCCGAUGAGCAUUCGAAUCAACAGCCAAGCCUCCGAGAGCCGCCAGGACGCGACCGCGAGCUUGACGGGCACCAACGGCAGCAACAGCAUUAGCAUGUCAGUAGAGAUUAACGGCAUCAUGUACACAGGGGUGCUGUUUGCUCAGCCGUCGGCCCCCACGCCGCCCUCGGCUCCCAGCAAAGGCAGCGGCAGCGGCGGCAGCGGCGGCGGCCGGGGAGGAAGCAGCGUGGGCAGCGGCAGCGUGGGCAGUGGCGGCAUGGGCAGCCAGGCCGGGCCUGCCGGGCUGCCCGCACCGCCCACCUCGUCUACCUCAAGUAACUCAUUGCCUUAACCGCUCCACUCCCCACCGAGCACCCGCCUGGGGCCAGCCAGACCGGGCGGGGUCGAGGUGGACCAGCAGGGCCGGGAUGUCGGGAGACACGGGUGGGCGAGGGUCACGCAGACAGGAGCCACAGCCAGCGCCAAAGAGAGAGACACGUCUACACACAGAGAGACACGCUAAUAAAACAGGGGAAACCGACGAACACUUGGAUUACUCAGGUUUCAGACAUUCAGAAAGAGGAGUUUCACGAACAGCAGCGGAAAUCAGAAAAGAGGCAGACACCUCUAGGGCUUCGUGCGGCCCUGGGCUGCGGAGGCCGCGUCCAGCGGCCGCCAAGGCUGACCGUAUUUACCUCACACGUCCUGCACCGUCAGCUGGUCUGGCUUUUCCCUCCUGUUCAUCACACGCCCGCCACACCAGCUUCUUCUGUUGGAUGGUAACCCCUGAGCCACAAUCAGUUGAAUUUUUCUUCCUGUUGCUUUUGGAAACAUUUUGUUUUGUUUUGUUUGUUUUUUAAAGAAAUAGCAAUAUUCAAACUAUAGGGUUUUUAAGAGGUUUGGGGGGUUUGGUUUGUAAAUACUCUAUUUUAUUCUUGGGGGAGGAAUUAGGAAAAGGAUAUAUAUAUCUAUACAUCUAUAUAUUUGUGUUCAUUCAGGGAGACUGGACUUGACAAUAAUGCCCUUUAUUUUUCCCAUGACUGAUUCGGGUUUGUUUGUGCAUUUCCGGUGGUGUGCUGGCCAGCUGGUGAGCGCCGGACACCGGCUCCCUGGGCUAGAGCGGCAGAGGUGAACUCAGGUGCUUUGGGCUGGGCGGGCAGCAGGCCCCAGGGCGGG